AUGGACAUAUUUCUGAAAAGGUUGACACCUCCUCAGAAAGAGCCUCAGGCAGACCCUUCAGGAGGUGCUCCAAUUUUACUUCAAGAAUUACAGCCUGAAGAAGAGUUACAAUUGUGGAAUGAGAUAGAGGCUGCUUGUUCAUCUUUCCUGUCCAGUGAUUCUCAGCCUCAGGCAUCCGAUGCAUUGGAGGAGCUUUGCUUCACAAUUAUGGGGAAUCUACCAAAGCCCCAGAAAACAGAUGAAAAAGUUAAUAACAAAAGGUUCUUAUUUCAUUAUUCGAAGACAGGGAAGUUGGGCAACUCAAAUGUUGUGUCGUCUGUCGUGCAUCCGUUGCUGCAGCUCGUUCCUCAACUGCAUGAGAGAAGAAUGAAGAGAUUCAAAUUGAACGGAGAAUUUCAAGGUCCUAUUGCAAGCCAUAAUCGAAGAUACUUUUUAUUCAGGCCACGCAAUGGAAAAAGAUCAGAAGAUUACAUUUAAAAUGAAUACCAACUAUUUUCCAUAGAAGCAAUGCCAUGGAAUACAAAACAUAUUGGUAUUUUGUGUGUUUUCUUUUCUCAAAAGCAAUCCUUGCUAAGUUUAACAUGUUUGAGAAUAUCUGUGUUGUAAACAUUCUCAGUAAAAGUCUGUUGAGAUUAUAAAUGUCUAAUUUGUUGAACAUUAAAAGAGCAUCUUAAAAUAUCUUUUCUUAAGUGUUGCAAUGAUAAAUAGUGUACAAGAAAGCUGUAAAAAUGAUGUUCCUUUGAUCCCUGCAGCUUUUGACAGUACUG